AUGAAACCUGCCAACUGGAAUUUCAACAAGGAGGAAAAGCUCUACUCGGUCGAGUUUCUGCUUCCGGAGGAAAUUGAUUCCACAACGAUUCGGUCGAAGGUAGAGGCCAACUCGAUGAAAUUGGUUUAUGAUCACCAAUCAACCGACGAGAACGAGUUUCAACGGCGAAAAUCUCAUCGCACUUGGACCCAAACAAUCGACAUUCCAAAGAAUCUCAACCCACUGGAUACAUCAGUCACGUGCAAAAACGGAGCGUGCCUGGCUCAAAUUGGUCUGAUGAAACGAUUCAAGACAGUCAAAACUAUUCAAAUGCCAUGA